AUGGCCUUCCGCCUUCCUCUCGUUGCGCUCGCUACGGCGGCCGCCGCGCAUGCCUCUGAUGCCCCGCUGCCCGCUUGGGUCGAAGUCGCUCGUGGCUAUAAGCAAGUUGCAGCGGACAACAAUGUUGUGUGCCUCCUCGACGCCAACAAGCAAGUGUCGUGCGCUGCGCCGUCGACGGCCAUCGCCCAGUGGCCCAAGCGCGACGGCGAGUGGUCCACGAUCGCUGUCGGCGGCAACUCGGUCGUCGAGUACAGCUAUGCGAACGGCACGGCUGUCGUCUCAGACAUUACCACCGGCACGUCGGUCGAGAUUUCGACCAGCUUUGCCAAGCACGUCGCGACCAACGGCGACAUCUUUUGCGCCCGCGAGCAAACGACUGGUGCGCAGAACCACAUCUCGAUGAAAUGCAUGCCGUACACCGACAAGUUUGGCCAGCAGCAGUGGAAGUACCAAGAGGCCCAGAAGCACUAUCUUGCCUUCCACGCCGGUGCGUCGACGGUGUACGCUCUCGACAAGGUCAACAACUUGCACGUUGGCGCGACGGCCGAGAUCGCGUCCGGCGAAGUCAAGUGGACCGAUGUCAAGAGCCCGGGCUUCUCGCAGAUCGCGUUCAACGGCGAGCGUGUCUGCGGUAUCACGGCCGACACUAAGCAGAUCCAAUGCAGCGUCGGCUUGCUCAAGAAGCGCGUCCAGUGGGCCGACGCGCUCCCGGGCCGCUCGUGGAUCAGCCUCGCGCAGAGCAACGGUCUUCUCUACGCUGUGGACGAAGAGGGCGUGCUCUACGUCAAUGGCAUGCCCGAACCGACGCCGGCGCCGACGACCCCCGAGCCGACGACCGCGGAACCGACCCCGGAGCCGACGCCCGCGCCGACCCCCGCGCCAACGCCCGAGCCGACGAAGGAUCCGGCCCCGACGACGUGGGUCGAAGUGGCGCGUGACGGCAAGCAAGUGGCCGCCGACAACGACUACGUCUGUCUCCUCGACACGGCCAAGCAGGUGGCCUGUGCCACGGCGCCGUCGAUGACGGCCAAGUGGGUCAAGCGCGACGGCAAGUGGUCCACGAUCGCUGUCGGUGGCAACUCGCUCGUCGAGUACAGCUACACCAAGGGCAACGCCGUCAUCUCGGACAUCAAGAACAACUCCUCGGUCGACGUUUCGGUCGACUUUGGCUCGCACGUCGCGACCGAUGGCGAGACAUUCUGUGCCCGCGAGCAGAAGGACAAGAGCCAUAUCUACAUGAAGUGCCUUCCGUACACGACCAAGUUUGGGACGCAGUGGAAGUACCAGGAGGCCCAGAAGCAUUACUUGGCCUUCCACGCCGGUGCGUCGACGCUCUACGCCCUCGACGAAGUCCACAACCUCCACGUCGGCGCCACCGCCGAGAUCGCGUCGGGUGCCGUCAACUGGGCCGCUGCGAUUGCCGAGGCGCUUUGACGUUGACGCCCACCAAGCACACUCGUGCGCAGUUGCACCAUCGUCGCUUGCCGCGCUGGGUCGUCUUUUGCUCGAGAUGCACAAGGCCCCCCGCGCCUUCUCAUGCGCUUGGAUCACGCGUCUUCUGUGUACGCUAUGCGCAAAAAUGCCUUGGGAGCGAAUGGACGCGCUUCAAGGGCUGGUGUACCUCGACAUCGUUCCGCCCGCCGCCAAGUACUGGCGCUGGAUGUUCUGGGCGAAGCCGUGGCCGUCCGUGCUGCCCCGCGAGAGACACGACGUUGGCUUGGAAGCUGCUUCGCGACGAGACGACAACGCUGGCGCUCACGCUCGCACAGCUGCACCUGAUGCAUCGUAACGACCCGAACUUGCCCUCGUUGCCAUGGCCAUCGCUCUUGUCGAUGGAGCUAUCUGUCGACGUCUGCAGACGGUUUGCUCGCUUGGUCUUGGCAUCUCAAGUUUCUCUCGUUCAAAAGAGGUGAUAUCCUGUCGUUGUAGAUGGCACGGACACGCUCUGGAAGGCCGCCAGCCUCUGGCUACACAUGGUUUUUCAAAAUGCUUCUCCUCGUGUACGUUUUAUGGCAUGCUCUGGAAGCGAAUGGGGGGCGCCGUUGCAACCCAGUAGAAGAGGGUAACUACAAGUAUAAUACGAGCUCUUCACGCUUGAUGCCCUG